AUGGUUUGGCAAACUUUUAUUUAUCCCAAAAGUACCAACUCCGAUGGUAACUGGGCAUCGUCAUUAUCGCCAGCAUCACUAUCACCAUUGCUACCAUUAACACCAAUAACAAUAACAACAUCAUCAACAACAACAACAACAGCAACAGCAACAACGACAACGGCGGCAACAACAACAACAACAACAACAACAACAAUGACAACAGCAGCAACAACAACAACAACAACAACAACAACGACAACAGCAACAACAACAACAAAGGCAUCUUCUACAACUAAUCAUACCCAACAACCAUGCAACAGUAAAUCAUCAUCCAAUGAACGAUCACCAUCUCCUCGACCACCUCCGCGAUUUCAUCGACCAACACCAAGAUCAUCAUCAGGAUCAUAUUCUCAUCAUACUGAUAAUAACUCAUCCGGUUACAGUACUUUACAUAACGAUUUACCGUUUUCGAUGACACCAGCUGGACGAUUUUUCACUCAUUUCUUUGAUGAAGCUAUGCAAUAUUUUAAUUACCCAAUGCAUGAUAUUGUUUGGAGUGAUGAACCACCGACAGCAAAUGGAUAUAACGGGAAUUCAAUCAAUGAGAAAAUAAUUGAUAACGAUGAGAAAUUCAGUAUCGAAAUUGAUCUAUCAGAUUUUCUUGCCGGAGAAUUAUUGGUAAGUUACGAUGAAGAUGGACGCGAGCUUUUGAUCAAAGGACAUCAGAAAGAACGAAAUGGUCGUCUUGGCUCUGUUGAGCGUAAUUUUGAACGAAAAUUUGAUAUUCCCAUUGAUACUCAUGAUGGAUCAUUGGCCGCUUAUUUGAUGCCAUCCGGUCUACUAACUAUCCAGGCAUUUAAAAAAGGCAACAAACAGCCUAUAAGGCGAAUACCAAUUCAGGAAGUAGUUGAUAUUCCGAAUUCAAGUGAUAAAAGCGCAGCUGAUGUUCCAGAUCCAACUGAUAAAAAUGCUGCCAAUGUUCCAACAUUUAAUACUUCCAAAAAUACACCAAACAAAAUAAAGAUCAGUCCGCCAGUACCACCAAAACCAAAGAAUGUUUCAAAACUAACAACUCCUACAAUUGAAAAAAUGUCUGAAAUAACUGAGGAAAUUCCAAAAAUUCAAAAACUUAAAGAAAACAACGCGGAACAUUUAAAUUUUGAUACGAUACAAAAACCUACAAGAGAAUCAACUGUAAAACGAGAAUAUUUGAAUAUUUUUUGCUAA